AUGAGGGGCUCGGUGCUGGCACUGGCUUUGCUCUCCCUCCUGAUCACCACAGGUGAAGUGAGAGGUGAAGGAAACACCGUGAAGCUCUGCGGGAGAGACUUCGUCAGAGCCGUCGUCUUCACCUGCGGCGGCUCUCGGUGGAGAAGGCAUUUGAGUGAUUAUCACUACCUGUUUGAGAGUGACAACCCGCUGCCUUUCCCACAAGAGAACAACGAUUAUGCCGACUCCUCGAUGUACACAGACCAGAGGCUGGAGACUGACAGCCAAGAAAUCCACGUCCAGCCUGAGACAGAGCGAGACUUGCAACGCACCAGGAAAACAUCCACGCUAGAAAAGCGCGAAGCAGCCAAGCUGCUGACCACAUCCUGCUGCAGCAUCGGCUGCAGCGAGAGAGAGAUCAGUUCCCUGUGCUAA